AUUCUCGAAUUUACUGAGAAGCUAGCACUAAUAAAACUCAGUACUGCGACUGUUUAGUGUUUCUUUGACAUUCUGACAUUUUGAUUACGAUACAGAAAUAAAUAAAAAAACAUUUCCGCGGUGAAAUUCAUCAGCCAAUAAUAAUAUUAUAGAUCUCCAAUUUCUACUUUGCUCCAGAAAAUGAGAAGGUACGAAACAUUUUCCCGGAAAAUCUCUCUUUCCGAUGGAAACAAACGGAGGCCAGGGCACCACAGGCUGCAUCCGAAGCAAGGAGUAGGAGGCGUGAAGGGAAUGCUCGCGAAGCUAUCGCUUGUUGUCAUUGUUCUCUUGAUCUGUACGCUGUCCAUGCUGUUCUCGUCUACGAUUAAUGGAAGCAGCGGAUCUACUGGUCCAUCGGAGAUUAAUGUUGAAGAACUUUGGGAAAAUGCUAAUUCAGGUGGCUGGAGGCCAUCAUCAGCACCAAGAUCUGAUUGGCCUCCUCCUCCGAAAGAGACCAAUGGGUAUCUGCGUGUUCGCUGUAAUGGUGGUUUGAAUCAGCAACGAAGUGCGAUUUGUAACGCUGUCCUUGCUGCUAGAAUCAUGAAUGCAACACUUGUGUUGCCGGAGUUGGAUGCUAACUCUUUCUGGCAUGAUGACAGUGGCUUCCAUGGCAUUUAUGAUGUUGAGCAUUUUAUCCAAUCACUGAGGUAUGAUGUACGUAUUGUGGAAAGUAUACCUGAAAUUCGUAAAAAUGGGAAAACCAAGAAGCUAAAGGCUUUUCAGCUGCGGCCUCCCAGAGAUGCUCCUAUCAGUUGGUAUACAACUGUUGCUUUGGAGAAGAUGAAGCAACAUGGAGCCAUUUACCUAACUCCCUUUUCACAUCGCUUAGCUGAAGAAAUUGACAAUGGCGAGUACCAGCGACUGAGGUGCAGGGUUAACUACCAUGCCCUCAGAUUUAAGCCAAAUAUCAUGAAGCUAAGUGAAUCUAUAGUUGAUAAAUUGCGUGCACAAGGUCACUUCAUGGCAAUACAUCUUCGUUUCGAGAUGGAUAUGCUUGCAUUUGCUGGGUGCUAUGACAUAUUUAAUCCUGCAGAGCAAAAAAUAUUGAAGAAGUAUCGCAAGGAGAAUUUUGCUGAGAAAAGACUUGUUUAUAGUGAAAGGAGGGCCAUUGGAAAAUGCCCUUUAACUCCAGAAGAGGUUGGACUUAUCUUACGUGCAAUGGGGUUUGACAAUUCCACCCGGAUAUAUCUAGCAGCUGGUGAACUGUUUGGUGGGGAGCGAUUUAUGAAACCAUUUAGAGCCCUAUUCCCUCGCCUUGAGAAUCAUAGUUCCGUUGAAGCCAUGGAAGAGCUAGCCACAAACACCCGUGGAUUGUUAGGAUCUGCUGUGGAUUACAUGGUUUGUCUCCUUGCUGACAUUUUUAUGCCUACAUAUGAUGGACCAAGCAAUUUUGCGAACAAUCUCCUGGGUCACCGCCUCUAUUAUGGCUUCCGUACUAUAAUUAGACCUGACAGGAAAGCUCUUGCCCCAAUUUUUAUUGAUCGAGAGAAUGGACGGACAAACAGUUUUGAAGAAGCUGUUAGGCGUAUUAUGCUCAAAACAAGCUUCGGUGGUCCUCACAAACGAGUUACACCUGAAUCAUUUUAUACAAAUUCUUGGCCUGAAUGUUUCUGUCAAACAGAAGCAAAAAAUCCUGCUCAUAAAUGCCCGCCAGAGAACAUUUUGCAAAUUUUAGAUAGCCAGUUAGAAAGUGAAGUGACCAGUGAUUCAGAAUCCUUUGACAAAUCGAAUUCAACAGUGUCUUUGGCAAAAAGAUAAAUAUGUGCUUUUAGUAGUUUGUUGUUGUCUCCCCAGUAAAAACACUAUACGCCAAAUUGGAGGAAGGGAUCUUUGCAACCAUAUUCAGUAUCUCAGGUUCAAGCUACUGGGUUUUGGGAUGCGCUAUUUCACCAGAGGGUAUUGUUUUCUGCCAAAGCACUAGUCAGAGCACAACGCUGAAGAGAGAUUUUUUUUUUUUUUUUUUUUCAGAGAUUUUUUUUUUUUUUUUUUCGCCUGGUAUUAAAUUUGUCCAUCGU